AUGUCUCAAAUAGAAAGCGAAACAAAAUCUCCCGCUGGAACUGCUGUGGUUGAUGUUCCAUCCUCUUCAGACUCCCUUCGUGUCUCUGAAACUAAACGAAGUAUCUACGAUAAUUCCAAAUGGUAUAAUCGCCGUAUAUUUGGUAAGCUUCCACCUUACUCGAACGGUCUUUCUCAAAUCAUUAUGGUUUCCUUUGUAUGCUUCAUGUGUCCGGGUAUGUUCAAUGCCUUGUCUGGUAUGGGAGGUGCAGGUCUUUCCUCUCCUUCUUUGGCCAACAAAGCUAAUAUUGCUCUUUAUUCUACCUUUGCUUCGGUUGGUUUCUUCUCCGGUACUAUCGUCAACUUGAUUGGUGUUAGAUACGCUUUGGCCUUUGGAGGUUCUGGUUACUCCAUCUAUAUUGCUUCUUUCCUCUGUUAUAAGCACACUCAGAAUCAGGGCUUCAUUAUCUUUGCCGGUGCCUGGUUGGGUAUUACUGCUGCCACCUUGUGGGCGGCUACGUCUACCUGUAACCUUGCCUAUCCCGUGGAGGAUAAAAAGGGAACCUACAUGUUCAUCUUCUGGAGUAUCUUUAACUUGGGUGGUGUUAUCGGAUCCCUAAUUCCUUUAGGCCAAAAUAUGCACAACAGUAGCUCUACUGUUACUGACGGUACUUACGUUGCAUUUUUAAUCCUUACAAUUGUUGGUUUCGUUCUUGCAUUGUUCUUGCUACCUGUUAAGAAUGUCAGAAGAACCGAUGGUUCCAAAGUCAUCUACCAGAAGCAUCCGUCCUUUAAUGGUGAAAUGAGGGAGUUGUUCCGCGUGCUUAUGAGAGAGCCUUGGAUUCUUUUCCUCUUCCCUCUAUUUUUUGCCUCUAACUGGUUCUAUACCUAUGAACAGUCCGAUUUCAACACAACAAACUUCACCGUUAGAACCAGGGCUUUGAACUCCUGUCUUUUUUGGCUUAUGCAAAUGUUUGGCUCUUUGGCAAUCGGUCUUCUUCUUGAUUUCAAGAAGUACUCAAGAAGAUCUCGUGGUUUAAUUGGCUGGGUUGUUGUUUUCUGCUUGACCCAACUAAUCUGGGGUCUUGGUUUCUUAUGGGAAAGGAACCAUACCAGAGCAGAUGUCAUUACCAGUCCUAUUGACUUUUCAGAUGGUAGCAGAUACGUUGGCCCUAUGUUUCUUUAUAUGUUUUAUGGCUUCUUUGAUGCCGUCUGGCAAUGUUAUGCUUAUUGGAUCAUGGGUGCAAUCACUAAUUCUGCAAGAAAAGCUGCUAUCUAUGCAGGAUACUACAAGGGAUUACAAAGUGCUGGUGCAGCAAUUGCUUGGUCCUUGGAUAAUGACCUUAAACCUUAUCGGGCCAUCUAUGGCUCGACAUGGGGGUUGUUAGCUGGUUCCUUGGUCAUUGCUUUCCCAAUUUUGUAUAAGAAGAUUGAAGAAACUACCCCUAUCGAGCAGGACUUGAAGGAUAGCGAUCAAACUUUGGACGAGGUUAUUGGUUCUGAAGAAUUCCAGAAGAAAGCCAUAUCCACCGGUGUUGAUGCUUAG